GAAAAAUGGCGACUGCGAAAGAAGAUUGUGAUAUCGAAGCUUUUGAGACUGAAUUUUUAGGACUACAAGUAAAUCCAAGCGAAUGUCAGAGUCAGGGUAUCCGUAUAUCACAACAUCAAGUAAAGAACAAAGCUGGAGGUUAUGUUUACGAAACGGAUCUAGAGACGCAGUUGAUUAGGUUUCUAUUACUAGGAUCUUCAAAGUUGUUUUAUCGAACCGAAAGCUGGGAAUUCACUUCACAGGAUGCCUCAUGUAUUUCAGUAUUGAUCCAAGAUGGCUUUGGAAAAAAGGUAGUUGAAUUCAUCAGAGAUUUCUCGGAAGAAGGUCGUGCAUAUAGACAGGACACCUUGUUAUUCGCAUUAGCAUGCUGUUGCAAAUCUAAUGACCCUGAAACAAAACGUGCUGGGUACCGUGCAUUGCCAUAUGUGUGUAGGAUACCAACUCAUCUAUUUCUUUUUAUUGAUUAUUGCAAGGAAAUCAGUAAAGAAAAGUACUGCUCAAAAGGAUGGGGGAGACAGCAUCGUAAGGCAGUCAGCAACUGGUAUAUUAAUUUUGGAAUGGAGGAACAAAAAUUGAUGCUUUUAGCUCAAUAUUUGACAAAAUACAACAAAAGAUGUGGUUGGACUCACAGAGACAUUAUUCGGCUAGCACAUCCCAAAGUCAGCGAGACAAACCCUGCUUUAAAAUACCUUAUUGCGGUUGCAGUGAAAGGUAAAUGUUUUGCCGACUCGAGCGAUUUUAUCAACAAUGAAAGAAAGAAAACGCAUUUUGGCACUUCUUUUCUGGCCGGAAUUAUUGAUUACUUUGACAAAGUCGAAGAUGCAAAAAAAUCAAAAAACAUAAACACUAUUGUGGACCUCAUCCUAAAGUAUAGGUUAGUUCGGGAACAUAUUCCAACUUGCUUUCUGGAUGAGAAAGACGUGUGGAAAGCUCUUAUUAAGCAUAUGCCAAUGACGGCAAUGAUGAGAAAUCUGGGGAAGAUGUCCAGCUUAAACCUAUUUCGAACGAAACGGGAGGCUUUAAAUGAAAUAUCAUUUGAAGAACAAUUAAUAACUGACAAAUUGAAAAAUAAGGAACUUAUUUGCAAAGCAAAAAUUCAUCCAUAUGCUUAUUUUGUGGCACUUAUUAAGUACAAACAAGGAAUGGCAAUGAAUGUAAAUUUGAGUUGGCCAGUUUGUCCUCAUAUUGCUGACGCUCUUGAAGAAGGAUUCUACCUUUCUUUUUCAAACAUUAUGCCGACCAAAAAACGUUUUCUUUUGGCUGUCGAUGUGACAUGUGACAUGCUUUUGACUGAGAAUAUGUGUAAGGAUGACAUACAGCGUCUUUCCUCACUUGAUGCUGCUAUCUUUAUGAUGAUUUUAACCACAAGAACUGAGUCUUUUUGUGAGACUAUCCUCUUUUCAAAUGAUGAAUAUUUGCCUAUUUAUGUCAAUCCAAAUGACACAUUUGAUGAUCUGAAAUGCAAGAUUCGUGAAAAAAUAAGCGAGUAUAGAUCCUCAGUAUCUGAUGCUUCUCUUCCAUUCAAAUAUGCCAUAGAAAGACGAAAGCUUGCUGAUGUUUUUGUGAUUUUCACAAGCUCUGAUAAAUCUCUAGGUUAUGUGCAUCCUGCACAAGCAGUCGAGUUUUAUAGACAAUCUUCAGGAAAGAAAGAUGCACGGCUUAUUGUUUGCGAAAUGGCAUCAUCUAGACACUCUGUUGGAGAUAUCGAAGAUCAAUAUACUUUGACAGUCUCAGGAUUUGAUUCCCAUGUACCGAAAAUAAUAAAUGAAUUUGCCAAAAGAAUUAUUUGA